CGCAGUGGCUUCGGCUGGGGUAGGAGAGGAAUGCUUGUUCCUGCGGCUGCUGGUUCAAGAAGGUAGCACCUUGAUGUGUACUGUGCACAUUCAAAACUGAAAAGAAGUCAAACGGUCUACAUUUUGUAAAGCAGCAAGAUAAAGAAUAGAGCAAAUGGAAGAAAUAAGCAAUGUACAUAUUCUACUAAUGCAAAGUUUUAAUAAAUUGGAAAAACACAUCAACUAUAACAAGGCUGAAGUUCUAACCAUGCUUACUAGGAAGUGAAGCGACUUCCAGUCAUUUGGAAAGGAUGGGAUGAAAAGGAACCUUGGUGAUAAUUUUGAUGUCUGCAAGAUUUAGUACCAGUGUAAUGGGAUUAUCGCUAACACCUUCACUGCAGAAAAAGCCACCUGGCGCUAUAACUGGCAGCAACUGCGAACUAAUCCUUUCCCAUCUCUUGGAUGUCAUUCAUGAAGCUCACAGCGAUUUCUACCCUGCUAGCUGUGAUUAAUUUUAUAAACAAGGAGGGGGAAAACUCAGCUGCAGAACGGUGACACUGCUAUGUUGAAAGACGUCAUUGGAAAGACUUUUCGACUUCUUGGCUACACCAUCCAGUAUGGGUGCAUAGCUCAUUGUGCCUUUGAAUACCUUGGCGGAAUUGUUGUGUGUUCAGGACCUUCAAUGGAGCCUACAAUACAAAAUUCUGAUAUUGUGUUUUCAGAAAAUCUUAGCUGCCAUUUUUAUAACAUUCAGAAAGGUGAUAUUGUCAUUGCAAAAAACCCAAGCGACCCCAAAUCAAAUAUCUGUAAAAGAGUAAUGGGCUUGGAAGGAGAUAAAGUCUGUACAAGCAGUCCUUCGGAUUUUCUGAAGAUCCAUAGUUAUGUACCUAAAGGACAUGUUUGGUUAGAAGGUGAUAAUCUCAGGAAUUCUACAGAUUCCAGGUGUUACGGUCCUGUUCCAUAUGGAUUGAUAAGAGGACGCAUUUGCUUUAAGUUAUGGCCUCUGACUGAUUUUGGAUUUCUACGCACAAGCCCCAACAGUCACAGGAUUUGUAACGACUAAGUAAAUUAUGCUCAGUCUUCUAUUUUCAGUUCUUUAUUACCCUUUAAAAAUGCAAGUGAUGUGUAUUUUAUAUACAAUAAAUAACAUUGUGUGAUUGAAACAA